CUAGACUCGAAUCGUCGGGGUGGACAGUAACCGUUCAUCUAUCGGUCGUUGCUUAUCUCAUCUUGUAAAGCGACCACAAUUGCUCGUAGUAUGAGCUCGGAAGUAAUUAAUCUGGAUUCAAUGAAUAGGCGCAACGAUAUGGAUACUAGUGAAUUCGACCUAUCACAACCCCGGAGUGGCAGAGUCAAGGAGUUUUUUCGAUUUAUUUGUACAAAAAUAUGCGUUUUUUUAAUCAUUGUUGGUAUUAUUUCAAUAGUUAUUGUGUGCGUAGCAUUUUUGGUUAACUACGAAAAUGACGCAGAAGUGACACUAACCAUGGAUGUUUUGAAAGAGGACUUGCCCGCAGAGCAAGACGUUUGGUUCAGAAAAGGCUUGAAAGACCUUGAAUUUGCUCUCAAUACUCAUGCGAAUAAAAAGAGGGCUCAGAAUGUUAUACUAUUUGUUGCUGAUGGUUUCCACCCAGAUACUAUGACUGCAGUACGUGUUCAUGAGUACGGAAGCAACGGAACGUUCACAUGGGAGCACUUUCCCCAUCUGGGUCUCGCACGAUGGUACAAGCGCAACUCGGUGGGGACGGCUCUCUUCGGAGGAGUCGGUGCAAACCGUGGUACAUCGGGAGUGGACUCGGCCGUUCAUCCAAAUGAUUGCACUGCCACGAUUGUUGACACUAACCACGUGGAGUCAAUUCUUUCGUUGGCUCUAGGGUCUGAUUUGGGAACAGGAUUCAUCACAAACGGAGAUAUUCGAGACGGUACACCGGCUGCUCUGUAUGCUCAUGUUGUUAACGAUAGUUGGACAUGCCCGGAAAUGCUUCCUGAUCAGAUUGACGAGCCUUUCACAUGUUUGGACACUGAAACGCAACUGAUGGGCUAUAUCCCAGGCAACGAAUUGAAUGUCAUCGUGGGAUGGAAUGCCUUAGGUGCAUCAUGCGAUUCCUCUCUCCUUACCACUUUUUGGAAGGAUGCUGAUUGUUUCAUUGCUGCCGAUAUGUCAGAUUUCUCCAAAGUCACCGUGAACACCAAACAUAUUCGAGCACUGUUUCCGGAAUCGCUGCGAACCGAAAUUUCAUUACACGAGGUAGUUAUAAAAUCAACGCAAAUUUUGAGCAACGCUCAUGAUGGAUUUCUGUUGGUUGUUGUUUGCAAACCUGUGAGUGAAAAUAAUGAAGAUGAUAUUUUAGAACUGGACAAAACUGUUAGAUUAACAAUGAACUCGUUACGGGAUUCAUUAAAUGAAACACUGAUAAUCGUAGUUUCUAGCCCAUUUUCUGAUAAAAAACAAACCAUAUCCGAGGAAGAAACAAUAGACACUGCGAUUCAUGCAACAGGUCCAAUGGCACAUCUUUUCCAUAAAGUGCACGAUCCAACCUAUGUCGCCCACGUGAUAUCCUAUGCGGCUCGUUUGGGGAGAUUUCGUGACAGCGUGUUGGCCAGUUCAUUUCUGCAGUGGUUUUCUUAAGGUCAGAAAACUGCGUCGAUAAGUAAUAAGAGAAAAUCACUUAUAAUUAACAUUGAAUCAUACAAUUUGCAACAGUGAUCCCUCGAGUUUUAACCAAUAGUGAACUACACAUAGUCCAUAUUACGAAAAUGAAAGAAGUC